UUUUAGGAAUUAAAACGGAAUUUUAGUGGUCGGUCCCCAAAUACAAUACGCCCUGUGCGUGCGUGUAAUCUGUGACUUUGUUUGAGAGACAGAGAGAGAGACAGAAAAUGGUGAAAGGAAGCGAAAUGGAAGGCGUUGAAGUACAUGAAGCUGUGUUAGAUACACUGAACCGUACUUUGGUGAGCCUUCGACAACUUGAAACUGAGUUACCCCAAUUCCUCUCUCUUUCUGAUCCUCAAUUCCUCGCUCAAUUGCCACUCCUUCAACGUGCUCACUCCCUCUUCUCCCUCGCCAAACUCGCUUCCACCCUCUUCUCAUUGAAAUUGAGGUGCAGAGGGAUUAACCCUGUUGAUCAUCCUGUGAAAUCCGAGCUUGACAAGAUUAACUUGUUACAGAAGAAACUUGAACGCCUUCCGCGUUUGAGUGAAGCACAGAGGCAAGACACCAGGAACACAAAUGGAGGGGAUGAUCUGCAGAUGAAGGAUGAGGAAUGUGCUGGUCAAAAGAGGAAGCAUCCAUCUUCUGAACAACAAAUUGAUGCCAUGGAAUCCCUGGAGAAUAAGGCGGAACUUCUUGGUGAUAAUAAAGGAAGUAUUAGGGGAGCAAUAGUAAUUGACAUUUCAGAUGAUGAUGAUGAUGAUGAUGAUGAUGAGCUACUUGCACGUUGAUUUGCCAAAUUCUGUAUAUUUGAACAUGAAGCUGUGUUAAUGGGAGGUUAUAUCACGUAGUCAUUGUUGCUAUCCAUACUUUUGGAUAAUGUUCUUAUCAAUUCUUGGCAACAUACUCUCAAUGCUGUUGUCAUCAAUCAAAUGGCAAGUGGGUGGCAUCCUGACAUGUUUUCACCUGUCAAGUGUUAACUAUCCAAGGUGCUCUGUAUGUAAAGUUCCAAUAUCUUUUAAUUGUAUUCUAAACUUAUCAUUCCAGUUGUGUUUAACAGUUAUCCAGUUAACAUCGCAGUAUGCAAUAGGCAAAUGCUUGUGGUUUGUGUUGCUGAGAUAACUGGGAAUUUUAGUUAUGUUUUAUGAUUAGAUUUACACUUUCAACUUUGUAUAUGGUUCAGCAACUACCCCCAUUGAAUUAUUUGGUCCCACUCGUUAUCAAUGGGAUCAAGGAUACUUUCAGCAAGAAAUAUAUCGAAGAGUUGGUGCUGGGCUAGCCGAAAAUCAAAGUUU